CGUGCCGAGCGGUCGAUUCAUACGCUAGCCCUGGGCGAACCGUCGGCAGUCGCGCCGGCGCCGCCGUCGGCGAUGGACCACGACGAGGACAGGUCCUUGUCUUUGGGGACGGAGGUAUCUGCCUCCGUGCCCCCACCGAGCCCUCUUACGGGAUGUUAUUUGCUCGCGGUGAUCGGGGAGCCCCACACUCACGAGCACAAGGAGAUUAUUCUGCAGCGGCUUGUUAAAGGGCUGCUGUCAUGGGACGCAGGAGAGCACCAGGUCGACCUGGAGAAGGAGUUAUCCACCCUCACGGCGCAGGCACCCGAGGGGGAGGAAGCUCGCUAUGGCGAACGUCUGAUCCAGUUCGCUUCAGAGAACCUGGUGACGGAGAUCCUGAUCCACCCACAGAUGAACACGCUGAUGCAGUGCAUGCGGAACCUGCUCAGCUCCUUUACUCGACACAGGCACCUUGUGCACGCUGGAUAUACAUUCGCUGGGAACGGCUCCUGGAUCAUGCAGGACGGGACCUUUUCCCUAGCUGACUUCACUGAUGCUUACCAAGAAAAUGAGGUACAGCGCGUCAUUCGCGCCUAUGAGAAUUCGAUUUCUAUUGAUGUUCACUGCUCCACCAGCGGUGGAGGAGAAUGGGCCAAGCUCCCCGAGAUGCCCUUCGUGAAAUACUGCAAGAUUAGGGUCAACCCUACUGAUAUACUCGACUCUGGCUCUCAAGCCAUCAAGGAUUUUAUUGCAUACCUGGACCCAUACGUGGUACCAGCCAGCCUGGACCAGCUCCUGGUGUCGAGCGACGUGGUGGGCAACAUCAGGUUCAGCCACCCCACGCUCUACGUGUUCCCAGGAGGACAAGGAGACGCCGCGCUGUUCGGCAUCAAUGGAUUUAAUAUGCUUGUGGAUGGAGGCUUCUCCCGCAAGGCUUGCUGGUGGGACUUCGCCCGCCACUUGGACCGUCUCGACGCAGUCCUGUUCACCAGGCUCAACAACUGCUCAGUCUCCGGCAUGGCAUCUGUCCUGCGCAGGAAGGCAGGAGCUACUGUCUACCCACAGAUUGGACACUUCUUCUGUAACUUAGAAGAAAGGCGCGCUCUCGCGAGCCCUGACGGAGACAAGGAUACGGAUCCUCUGCUGGUGUCGCUGCUGCAGGAGGGCUCCGACAUGAUGGCCGACCUGCGCCAUAUCAAUCUCAAACCACAACACUGCUACAGAAGUCCAGAGCCCAUCAACCUCUACCAUAAAGUUGGACAUGGUACCCUAGACAUGUACGUACUGAAUCCGUCCAAGGACUCUAAAUACGUUCGUGAAUUCUUGAAACGUUGGCACAACAGUGAACAAAAGUUAUUUGAUGGUGCGAGUGUGUCUGGACAGUUUAACUUCCCGAUACCUAACUUAGUUUCCAUCUGUGCGUUGCUAGUGUGGCGCCCGGCCAACCCUGACGACACGAUCACGAGGAUUAUGUUCCCCGGAUCGACACCACAACACAAAAUAUUCGAAGGCUUAGAAAAACUUAAACACUUAGAAUUUCUACAACACCCCACUUGCACGGGUAGGCAGAUGGCGCCUACGGUACCAGCUGUCACCGCUACAGCAACUACGGUUACAACUACAAAAACUAGCGCUAAGACGACAACCAAAUCCAGUAAAGAAAGAAGUAUCAUUACAGAAAAAACGAAAGACGACAAAAUUGUUGAACCUGAACCUCCUCCAAAAGAUCUUAAAGAUGGUGAAACAAAGAAUAUAAUAGAUAAUAAACUACUUAGUGAGCUCGUAGAUGCGGAAGAUAAAAUGGACUCUGUCUUACACGAGGCUAUAACUGCAAGGAUAGAAACUAAACUAGAUGAUAAGAUUGCUCAAUACGAGAGCACUGUGAUAGAUGGUUUACCUAAAAAGAAAGAUGUCAAAAAGAAGGCUGUGGAGAAGAAAACGAAACGCGUUGAUAAGACUGAUGAAGUUAAAGACUCUAUAGUUAAGGCUGAUGCUAAAAAAGUUGAAGCUGAAGCGAAAACAAAAGUAGAAAAGAAAUCAAAAGUUGACACACGAAAGUCUGAAAUGACGUCGUCGAUUACAAGAAGUAAAAUCAGUCAUCGCGCAACGCGGGCUGUUUCAGAACGAAAAGCAACAUCAAGUACAGAGAAAAAAGCAGGAUCGGAAGAUAAAAAGUCACCCCCAACAACACCUAAAAAAUUAACUGACACUAAAUCUACUCCAUCCGUUCCAGUUUUAAAAGAUAAAAUAAAAGCCAAAACUAGAAGACUGAGUCCAGGAAGCACCCCAGCUAAGAGCACUAAGGAAGCGAAAAAUCGCAUGGUUGUCGAAUCAAAAUACAAACAAGCAUCACCCAAACGAGAAGCCACCACAAAAUCAUCUGAAAAGAAAGAAACUAAAGCUAAACGUGAACCUAUCUCGCGCCGGCCAAGACCCUUAUCAUCACCGGUGAAAGGGUUGAAAGCUAUGAAAAGCCCAACCAAAUCCGUGAAGUCAGUUAAAGGUGAUGCCUCAAAGUUGAAGGGCUUACAAAGAGUAAAUUAUGAAGAUAUUCUGAAAGAUGCAAAGAAAUCUGACGAAGACACAUCCAAAUCCCUCGAUGACAUUAAACAACAAGAAUUAGACGAAAGAGAAGAACAAGAAAUUGUAAGAGAAAUUGAAGCUGUUUUCAACAGGGACAGCGAAGCUGAAGAGAAAAUUGAAUUUGUAGGACGAUCGGAUAUUGAAAAAAUUACAUGCUUAUUAGACGAUACUAAGACUGAAACGACUGCCGACGGCGAAUUUGAAGAAGAAUAUCUUAUAAUAGAAAAAGAAGAAGUUGAACAGUAUACCGAAGACUCUGCUGUGGAACGAGAGGAUACUCACGAGCAUGAAGAUGAAUUACAAAAACAUGCUAAAGAUAAAGAGGAAUCUGAGAAAAAGAAAGAUAUAACCGUACUAGAAAAGCCUGAAGAAACACAAAUCAAGACUGAAGCCGUUAUCGAAACGGACACGAAACAAAUUGAAUCUAAAGAACACUCAGUAAGCGUCGAAGAAAAACAAGAUAUAAGCAGUGAAAAGAAAACCUCUGAUAGUAAAAGUAUUCCUAAACCAAAAGAUUCUCUUGAAAUGCAGGUUCAAGAGUCUCAGCCGGAUGAGAAAAUAUCUACUACUAUUGAAUCAGGAGCAACCACUGCACCAACUCUGCCUGAAGAUGAAAGGAUAACACUUGAUGAUAUUAAAGAGGAUCAACAGGUUGAAGAAAAACACGUUCAGGAAGAGACUAAGGAAGUAAUUCCACCACAAAGUUUAAUUGACACAAAACCAUUAUCACUAGAAAAGAGCCCUAAACUUGAGUCCGUUCCAGUUCCAAUAAGAGAAAUCGUCAAGACUCCAGAUGAAGUAGCCGACUUACCUUUGCAUGAAGAAGUUGACUACAGAACUUAUGUAGAAAAGAAAACACCAGAAGAAGAAUUCAUAAAACGAAAAUCUGAUGACGUCAAAGUUCCUACAGACCUACCUCUCCUAGACCAAGAAGGUGUAGUAACAUACAAAGGAAUAAAAGCAGUUCAAGACGAUGUUGUUAUCAAAACUGUGCAACGUGCUUCCCAUCCUGAACUUGUCACUGUAACACCUGGAUCUGCUCCGGAGUCUCCAAUGUACCACGAACAAAUGAAAGUGUCAGCAGUUCCCGAUGAAGACCUAAAACCAGUUAAGGAAUAUGAUGAUGGAGAAUACGACUAUGGGCAGUAUACUGAGAAAUUGCGAGAAACUCACAUUACAACUCUCGAUUCACCAAUAAAAGAUGAUAUUAUUGUAAUCGAAGAGAUUCCAUGUAUGCCUGAAAAGAUCCCUUCAAUACCUGAAGAUGUUGAAAAAGAGAUUGAAGAAGCUCGUAAGUUGGAAAUGCCUGACAAACCUCCUUUGAGUCCUAAAGAAGUGGAAAAAAUUGUUGCUGAUGUCGCUGAAGUACUUAAAUCAGAGAAAAGCUUAGAAGAAAUCAUGGCCGAGAAAUCUCCUUUGCUUAGCAAAUCUCCGGAAGUUUUUCCAGUUACGCCAGUUACUGUUAGUGCAAUCGAAGCUACAAAAAUGCUCUUAACUAGUGAACAAGCAAUCAAACACGAUUUGCUUGAAGAACCCAAAGAGACAACAGCCCUGUAUACAAAGCCACACGAUGUCUCGGAAAUACAAAAAGAAGUGUCACCAGCCCGAUCCAUAACAUCAGAGGACGUUAGUGAAACUUCGGACAAGACAGUGCUUAGUGAAAGUAAACGAGUCAAACGAGAACUCAUAGACGAGAAGAUAAUCGAGAAAGUAGAUGAUGUUAAAGAAAGUAUAUACAAAGAAAUUAGUUCUGAUGUUACUGACCAUGAUGCAGACAUAGUUAAAGAAAAACCUUUACUCAAGGAUAUAGAAGAAAAACCCGAAAAACGAGUUAUUACCACACUAGAGUCAGCAAAAACGUUAGAAAAACUAGAAGAAAAAAUUGCUGAUCUUAAGAGAAAGGAAGAGAUAAUUUUACAAGAAAAGACUGAAGUUCCUGAUGUGUCAGAAAAACCUAUUAAAGACAAAUCACCCACAGAAGAAAAAGAAGUCUCAGAACAAGAAAUUCCGAAAAAAACAUUAUUGCAAAAGGCUGAAACUAAAGUUGAAAAAGUUGCCGAAAAAGUGUCAGCUUUCAAAGAUGAAGUGUUCGGAUUCUUCGGCAAAAAAUCUGACAAGAAAGAGCCAAGCCCAGAGAAAGAGAGUCCUGAAAAAGCUCCCGUAAAGGAAACUGAGACCAAAAAAGAGUCGGUUUCCAAAACACCAAGCCCCAUUAAAAUAGAACCUUCACAAGGUCUUUUGAUAGACGAACAACCUGAUACAAAGCCUGAAGUAUCAAUAUUUGAAGAAAUGAAGGAUCACAUUGUUGAUACUACUAAAGAAGCUACAAAAGACCUAGAUUUGAAGAAACUCACACAUGAGAAACCAGUUCAUAGUGAAAAAGAGCCGAGUCCAGACAUCUCAGACGAUAAGCUUCCUAGCUUAAUCUAUGAUGAAGAUCAAGAAUUAGACAUCGAGGAGAGGUUGAUUGGAUUUGAACCCAGUAGUAAACCAGAGGAAUUCACAACUACACAAGUUGUAACACUCAUUGAGAAAGGUAUCGUAAUCAUCAGGAAAACUACAACAACAACAAUUUUACAAGAAUAUAGUAAUGUCACUCGAACGAUUGUUAGAUAUAAAACCACUGUACUAACUAUUGAAGAUGAUGAACUUCCAGAUGGGAAAAAGAUUGGAAGAACAUACAGAAAAGUAUCCCUUUCUCAUGAACGACCAAAACUUGCUGCAACUAAGACUGAAAAACCACAUAGCCCUAUUAAACUUGACAAAGAGGAGUCACGUCAAGAAAAAACCGACGACAAGCCUAGUUCACCAAUUCAUACAGAAGAAAUAUUGUCAAAAUCUUCGGAUUUAGAAGAUAAAACAGUUUUGACGACCUCUAAACCUGACUUAAUUUAUAACGAAGAUGAGGAAUUGGAAAUUGAAGAACGACUUAUGGCCUUCGAGCCUGCUGGGAAACCAGAAGAAGUAACUACUACACAAAUAACAACAAUUACAGAAAAGGGUAUCUUGAUCAAAAGAAAAUCCACUGUAACGACAAUCCUUCAAGAAUACACAAAUGUAUCUAAAACAACAUUCAGAUAUAAAACUACUGUUUUAACGAUAGAAGAAGACGAGAUGCCAGAUGGUACCAAAUAUAGUCGAACCAUUAGAAAGGUCUCCCUUGCUUAUGAAAAACCGAAACUACCAUCUCCUACAACUGGUGAAAAGUCGAUUAGUUCAGAAGUAGAAAUAUCGAAAAAAAUGUCUGACAAAACAACAGUUGAAAACGAUAAAGGAGAAUCUAUCACGGACACCUUUGAUGACAAAAUAGUAAGUCCAGUAAAGCCUGAUGGAUCUGCGCCAGUUUCUUUAAAACCGGACGGAUCAACACCUACUUUAAUCUGGGAUGAAUCACAAGAAACGGAAAUUGACGAGAUAUUAAAAGAUUUCAAGCCUUUGGGUAAACCUGAGGAACACACAAUUUACAAACAUGAAUCUGUAAUUGUAAAAGGAGUAACAGUAUUAAGAGAAUAUAUAAUUACCACAGUUAUCACUGAAUUUAAACACGUCAGUAAAAAAAUUAAAAAAUGCAAGGUGUGCAUUAUGACUAUAGAAGCAGAUAAUCAUCCAGAUGGUUCCAAGUUUACCCGUGUUAUAAGACAAAUGAAACUUUUCGAGAAGAGACCUGACCCUAUACCAUUUGAAUUCGAAGAUAAAUUACAAAUUCCUGAAGAAGGGUCAAAUGUGGAAACAAGUGUUAAAACUAUGCUUGCUGUACCCAUUAAAAGACCAGAAAUUGUCGAACCGAGUCUCAUCACACGAGACGAAAAGGCGCCUAGUCCAGUACAUGUUGAUAAGAAAAAACCCAGUCCAGACAAGGUGGAUGAAAAAGAACCAAGCCCGGUUAAGCCUGAUGACAGAAAACCAAGUCUCAUUACAACAGGCGUUUACGCCUGA